AGGAACGGGCCGGGGCAGGAGGGUCCAUUGUGGCCCCCGAGGGAGCGGGGGAGAAGAGCUGCCCUCAAGUGCACCUCCUCCCCUUGAUCCCAUCUGACGUGGAUCCCCCAUGGCCCCUCUGAAACCCGGGAUGCUGAGAAGGGCCUUGCCUGGUUUCUUCUGCUCAUUACUGCAGGACUGGGGGAGCGGGAGCUGAGGGAGAGGGAAGGAUCCGGCUGUGGGAAAUUGGGCAGAGGGUGGGAUAAGGCCGAAGAACUGGUGGAGAGGGAUGAAUGUGGUUGUUGGAACUGGAGGAGAGAGACCAUCCUUGGUUGUUUCGGUGCUGCUUUGCUCAUCCCUGUGGGUAUGCAGCCAGGAAAUGGAAAGGAAGAAGAGGGAAAAGGAAAAGGGGAAUCCCCUGAGAUUCUCUGAGCAGAUCCUGAAGGGGGCAGUGCCUGCUUUCCUGAGGAACAGGGUGAGAAAAGAGGCAGAGAUGGAGGUUUAGGGCAGAAUAUCCUCUCAUGCUCCUGCACACCCUUGCACUGUGGAGAGCUGCAGUCUCAGAAGAGGCUCUCCAGGCUGGGGGAUACAACCCUGGCACAACCCUUUGCCAAAAGGCUUUCAGCAAAUUCUGCCCUCCUACAGCAAAGCAUAACCCGUGCUCACGCUGUGGCUCUGGCCAGCAUAAGCUCAUUCUCCCCAUGAGAGCUGGGUGUCAGCCUGCACUGAAGCCAGGGAGGCUUGAGAGGCUGACGGUAAUGGAUCCUCGCCAGCUAAUCGGUGUUUAUAGGCUUAGAUCUGCUGCUUCUUAAUUUUAUUCCAGCCCCUCGAUUGAAUUUCUCACAUGUAAGUGAGCCCCACGAGUCCAAGCUGGCCAUAUAUAAUGGAUGGCAGUGGAGGGAAAGAACACAAAUGUGGCUGAAUGCCAGUAACCGAUGCCCAGGCAUGGGUGCAGCAGAACCUCUGCUAACAUCCCCCACUGCCAGAACCUGCCCUCAGCGCCUCUGUGCAAGACACUUCCUCUGUCCCAUGGCCCGGGGCCAUGACCAGCCUCGGCCGUUCUCCACAGGACAAGGCUCAGAGCCAAGUCACCACGCCACUGUCUCCAGGAAUGGCGCCAGUUCCACCCGCGGAGCCCUGGUGCUGCCACUCGAUGCCCCAUCAAAUAUUGAUACGAUGCUCAAUGCCUCUGUGCCCUGCCCGAACACUCCAGCCCUCCCUGCUGCCCCGUGCUGCUCACUGCUCCCCACAAGGGACUGUGGGGCUGCAGCCCCACCGCCUCCGGGUGCUCCCUGAGCACGGCACGGCAGGGCCCGAGCCCGCACCUUCAGCAGCAGCCAGCGCAGCCCCCUGCAGCAGCCGGGGGAGCCCUGGAGGUGUUGGGGCCACCUCCCCUUGCUGCCCUCCCCAGGAGGAGGCCCGCGCCUCUGCCCCCAGCAGCCGCCCGGCCCGGCAGGGGAUGGAGCCCGGCAGGUCGGUGCCGGCGGAGCUGAAGCUCCGCAAGCCCUCGCAGCGGGCCAGGAUCCCGGCGCCCUUCCUCGCCCACCCGGACGGGGCUCCCGGGCCGGCGGGGCCGCCCGGGCCGGACCCCGCGGAGGCAGACGCGGAAUCCCUGGUGCCCACGCACGAUGAGCGGGGCCGCCUCAUCCCCGAGUGGAAGCGGCAAGUGAUGGUGCGGCGGCUGCGGGCCCGACUGGCGGACGAGGACCCGGCGGGAGGGCAGGAUACGGGCUCCUGGAGCUUCUCGCCCUCCCACCAAGCCGUGCUGGGCCCGUUCGGGGAGCUGCUGACCGAGGCCGACCUGCAUCAGUUGGAGUGGGCAGUGGAGAGCCUGCGCCUGCGGCGGCGUGGCGAGGUGUACCAGAGCGAGCUGCGGCGCCUGGUGAGGGAGCUCCGCGCCCUCCUGCCCGCCCCGCUGCUCAACAUCUCCGUCCGCAGCCCCCCGCCCGCUCCGGGGCAGCCCCUGCCCCUCUGGUGCGGCCGCCUGGCCGGCGCCGUCAAUAGCCUGGCCGCGCUGCUGGGCAACGCCGAGGGCGUGUGGGGUCCCCGUGCCGCCCCCUCCUCUCUGCCCGCCGCCCCCUCCGCUCUCCCCGCCGCCGGCGGGCACGCCCGGGAGCCGGGGGGCAGCCUGGCGCAGCGGGAGAUCCGGCAGUGCGGAGUCUGCGUCCGCAGCCUGCGCGGCGCCUUCGAGCCCGCCUGGGGAACCGCGGGGAGCGCGCCCGCCGGGGCCGGGGAGGCGGAGGCCGCCAGCGACUCGGGCAUCAGCUGCGAGGAGGCGUUUUCCGACGGCGGCGGCGGCUCCCCGCGGCAGGGGAAGGGGCCGGGGCCAGAGUGGGGCAGCUUGAGGAAGGAACGGAUCGUGAUGCUCUUCCUGAGCCACUGGAGACGCUCCGCUUACGCGCCCCUCCAGCCCGCCGGGGACCCCGGGCAGACGGCGGGGAGCGGGGCGCGGGCGGCGGCGCGCCUGGCGCGGCAGAGAGCGGCCAUCCAGCGGCUCCUGAGCGGCUGGCGGGACGCCGCCUCCCGCCGGCCGCCGCCGCCGCCCCCCGCCCGCACCCUGCUCUCCCCGGAGCAGUUCGUGUCGGCGGCGGGGGGCGGCCCGGCCGAGUACGACAGCCUGUCGCUGGAGCUCUUCAUGCUGGGCUAUUUCCGCAUCUUGGAGCAGGACCUGCCCCCCGAGGAGCGCCGGGGCCGCCACCUGCUCUGUUUCGAGGUGUUCGAGCAGCUGGGCCGGCACGGCUGGCGGGCGGUGCGCGCCUUCCACCGCGCCGUCAUCGACGAGAUCGCGGCCGGGCGGCGCGGCUGGCGCGACGGCUUCGACGACAUCAAGGCACGGCACUUCGGGACCCUGCACAGCCCGGGCCAGCGGCCGGGGCUCGCCCGGGAGGAGGGGGACGAGAUCUGCCGCUACAUCGAUCGCAGCUUCGCCUUUUGGAAGGAGAAGGAGGCCGAGAUCUUCAGCCUGGAGGAGUGAUGCCGAGGGGCUUCGGAGGCCGCGGGCUGCAAUAAAAACCUUCUCGCUUCUGUCCCAGCUGAGCGAGGCUUUCCGGGGCGGUGAAGAAAGCUGCCAAGCUGGGCGGGCCGCCUCAGCAGCCCGGCUCCCCUCUCCCAGGGCGGGUGUUCGGGCCUCGGCUACCGCGGAGUGAGAUAAUGACCUUUAUUUAUAGCGGCACCGGCAGUGCCAGCCGGAGGAGCGAGGAGGGGCAGCGCGGGGACCCCCUGCUGCCCAAGGGGGGAGGGAGGGGGCUGUGGGUGCUCGUCCCUCCAGGCUCGGUGCCCAGCGACCCCUUGGC